AUGUAUUUUGGAAAAUAUUUUUUGGAAAAAUGUGAGUGUAAGAAAUAUAGUUUUCAUGACACACAAAAUAAGAGUAAAAAUAGUAGAUCACUGGCUCCCUCUUUCAAUAAUUUUAUACAAGGAGUGUUGAAUUCUGUAAAAUCAGAUAGUGAUUCUAACACUAAACCAGUCAAGAGUAUUCUUUAUAAGGACUAUAGUAAAUUAUCAGAGAGAUCUGGUAAUAAAUGUAAAGUUUUAAAUUUAAUAACAACUUCAGUUAAUAUUUUAACUAUGUCUGAAGAAUCAAGUAAAAGCAUGAAGAUGUACAGCAAAGAAAGAGAUGCAGAUGGUAAACGAUUUUUCGAGUUGGUGCCAAUCAAGAACCUUGCUUUAGGAAACAUCAAUACCUGCUUUACAGAUUACCUCGAGAAGAGUAAAGUUGACCAAGUCAAGUAUCCACUCAUGGGUAGAAGUUCAUUUUACAGUUUCGUACCAGAUGAGAUGUUAAAUUGA